AAACUUAUUCAAGUAUAUUUGUAUAUCAUCAGCACAGAUUGUUCAGUACGCGGACUACGCAGACACUGAUAUGACAGCUUAAUGAGUCGGUAAACCGAUAGGGAUCAUCAUGAAGCAGUGCCCUGCUUGUGGUCACAUGCUGGCAGGAUCUUUUAAAUUCUGCUGUGAGUGUGGAUUUAAGUUACCUGUCCAAUCCCAAGUUUGCACCUCAGAUAAGACCACUGCAGAGCAUCAAACCUCUGCGGUCAGUGAAGCAGAGCCCCAGCAUGAGAAUGAGCCACAGACAUUGUCGGCGAACAAAACUGACACACCUCUAAAACACUCCAGUGAAGAACCAGGGGGCAAAGUCAAGAAAAAGAGUGAAGACUCUGAGCUGACCACAGACACACAUCAGAAAGAGGAGUCGUCUGGGAGUGAGAGCUAUGCAGCGGUGGAUGUUCCCCCUACAGGAACUCCAUCUAAGACCACUGCUACUCCUGCUGCCACUCCAACCGUACCCUCCAAACUUCCACCCUCUCCUGUCCCAUCCCCGUGCCAGACAACCAUAGAAGACCAACCCGGAGGUCCAUCAAAGUUAAAUGAAAGUGAACCGCUGAACGAGUCAAACACAAGCCAAACCCAACCUAGUUCAGUAAAACAAGACUUGCCUGAGAAGACUGCCUCAUCCACACAUAAGACAACAGAUCAGAACACAGGACCUGCAGCAGUCCCAACUCAACCAGGAAGACAGCUGUCGUAUAUAGAAGCUCUGAUGGGAAAACCCACAGAGACAAGAACAGUAAAGAGUAAGCAGAGCGUGGAGAAUCAAGACAAGAGGCUUUCAAGCCAACACAAGGAACCAGAGAAGCAGAGUGAUUAUGGUGGUGGUGGUGCUUCUAAGUCAUCUCCUGCUGAUUCCCCACCUGCAAAGGAAGAUAGUCCACCAAACCACAGCAAUGACGAAGACUUCCAGCACGUGGAAUCAAAAGAAAACAAGGACAAGCAAAAAAAAACAACCCAAAUGAGCCCUGAAGGGAGCAAGGAAGCAGGAGUCAUGAAUGAACAACAGACAUCCAGUAACCAGAGUGACAAGUGUACCAAGGAUGAAGCAAACUCACAGCUGUGUGUUGACCCACCCCAAGUAUCAACUGAUGACCCAACAGAUAAGUCAAACACAAGCCAGGAAGCAACAAAGAAGGAAAACACGGGAAAGCAGUCACAGCCUCCCCAAUUCCCAAACAAAGUGCAUCAUGGUCCUGGUAAGGAUAACCUUACCAUUUAUUUUCACGCUGUUGUAUCCAAGCGUUUCAAGUUGGACCCAUCCAAAGACAUAGUUUCUUUGAGAUCUGGAAGUCUUUUUGAGACCUGGGAUACAGAUGGUUUGAAAAUGGAAAUCACACGGAAUUUAGGAGAGAAUGGAUUUCUUGUUGAAGGACGAAUGGUGACCUCUAAAAAGAAUGUUGGUGACUCCAUACCUUACAAGUAUGUUGUCUACAAGAGAAAAGACGACUCAUAUGAGUAUAAAUAUGAGCACAUCUACCUAAAGGAUGCAAAGCAAGAUGUCAACAGGUGCCUACUGGUCAAAGAGGAUCUUUUGACACUUGACGGGGAGUGGCACCAAUAUGAUGAUAUCAUACACACAGAACCUGACCAAAGUUGGAUAUCACGCUUCACAAGCAGGUUUGCGUGGAGGAAUGACUGCAAAGAAAAGGUAGUGGCGGGCAGACAGCUGGCUGGAAAGGUGAUGCUGGGAAACAUUUUUAAUCUCCUUCAAACAUGGAGUGACGUGAACAUUAGGAACUUCUUUACUCAACUCCAGCAGUUCUUCACCAAUUACAAAUCCCCCUUCCUCCAUGUGGAUGGUCCAAAGAAAUGGGAUCUGCCGUAUGGAGAAGAACAGGUGAAAACCCUUUUGAAAGAGUUCAUGCAGCAAGCUAUAGAUGGUGAGAACCAAAAGGGGAAUGAGAAGCGUGAGGAUUUCUUCUCUGAUCCUCUGAAACUAGGAGUUAUUAUCCUGGUUGUCCACAUCAAUUACAGUUUAGAUGUCAGUGGACAUAUUUCUAAACUGUGUGAGUUGCUCUGCCUGCCUAAAAAGCCAAGAGAAGUUUUCCUUCCAUACUGGACAGAUUUCAAACAAGGGCUACCAGGUGACAUCAGGGUUUCAGAGGCAAUUGAGACUCUAUUCAACUUUGCAAGAAAACAUGGAGUUGAGAAGUGGAUCUUGGUUAUCCCCCUACUGCAUCUGCUUAGAGGGGACAGCAAGCCUUUUGAGGCUGUUCCUCUGACCAUGAAUACAAAAUUUGAUAUCUGGGCGGGGCUGAAAGGGAUCAAAACUCCAGAAGGCUGCACAGACUCGAUGAUUGGAACACAGGGAUUGAGGGAUUCCAUCCAAAUCAUGGAAAAGCACAAACACCUUGUGGCGAUGGACUGUCUCGUUACUCGCUCUUGGAUGACUCUGUUGGGGCUGGAUAACUUGUUAAACUAUGCAUCAAUCAUCCCUCUUGAUGUCUUGGACACUCUUCAACACCUCCAGUUUAGUCUGACUUCCGGGGAGAACUAUAAACAUGAGGCUGUGAAGGAUUUGUUGUCACAUCUCUACAGCAGAGUUAAGGAAAAACAGCACAGCCAUGACAACAGAUAUGGGGACGUUUGCCUCAAAGCAGCUGUGAGCCUUCUGGAGACCAUUUGUAAGAAUAUGAAAAAUAAUUUGGACCAUGAGAUUCCUUUGGUUUGCCUGGAUCUUGUCAGUCUGAUUGCAGAAAUGGCUGGUGCCUUCCAUCUCCAGACAAAGGAAGUGACAAAUAACCUUUUGGAAAACACGCGCAAAGAGAAGUUAAAGGAGACCAUGACCAUCAUAAAGGAAUGGCUGCGAAUCACAUUCAAGAACAAAUUGGUUAAAGAUCUCAAUAACAUUGAUUUUGCAUACAUGUAUGAGACUAAGGUCUGGAACAAGCUGAUCUCACUUCAAAUUUGUUCAGAAGAAUUCACCCAAUACUGGAGAAAUACAUUCUUGAAUGAUUUUGAAGGAAAACUCAAACAGGAAACGUCCAUGCAUCAAAUUGAAAUAUAUAUCAAUAAGAUAGAGGAAGUGAGCGGGACGCUGCCAUUCUUGGAGAACUCAUUGGAGAAAUGCGCUUUGGAAGCAGUCACGGUCAUGUGUCAGGGGAUCUCUCAGGAGGCUCUCUUUGAACGGUUGAAAAAACUUGACUUUAGCAAGUUUGAGAGGCUAAUAUCUACUAUUGUCAUGAAGUCCUGGCCCAAGACUGGCAAUGGCGAAUACCUGGAAGGGGAGGACUGUGUAGUGGAACAUCUUCUCAACUGGUCCAUGGCCAAAAGUGUCUUUCAAGUCCAAGGUGAAAAUCUGAAAAUGAUUGACCAUUUGUCAGACGAUGCUAAAGAGCGGAUGGUUGUGGCAAGAUCUGCGUUCAGUUCUGUCUCAGAUAAAGUCAUCAACGGCAACAUCCAGAUGAAGACUCUCAGUAAAGUCCUCUCAAGGAGAACAACAUUCAUUGAGCUUUUGAAGAUAGAUGGCCUGUGUGAAGAUGGUCGUUGUAAGGACGACACCACUAUGAACAGAUUACUGAGAUUUAGAGAAGAGGAAAUGGAGGCAGUGAACAGUUACAAGAAGAUGGUUGAGGGACUAAUUAUAAUUUGUCUCCAACUCCAGGAGCAUGUGAAAGUCGAUGUGAAAGAGCUGGAGCUCAAAAACCAAAAGAACAUAGAUCAGAUGACGCUGGAUGAAUUCAUGGAAGUUCACAGACUUGACGGGCACACCUCUGACGUAACUGGGGAGGUCACAUACUUUAACCUCUGUAAUGCCACCAGGCAGAUGGCAUUUAAACUAAAUGCUGUCAGGGAAAGCUUCAUUUUUGCUAUGUGCUUGGAGAAUCAAGCCAAAGAACUUUCCCACAACCAUAUUGACACUGACGAGAUAGAAGUGUACACUCUUGAUGUGAUCCACAGCAAAAUAUUACAGGGUUGCUAUGAUAAUUACGAGAGGAUCUAUGAGAGUUUGAAAUCUGGCACUUUAUCAUUGGAGGAUGUGGAUAGCAUCUUUGAAGUCUACAAAGACAAGUACGAUGAGAUGAAAAGUGAUCUGGAGAUCAUGUGCAGAAUCAACUUGUCUGAUGAUCGAAGAUGGAUCAGGAGGCGAAUCGAGCAGAUCCAACAGUACCAUGACCUUCAUCAAGCAUUGGAUUCAGCCAAGGUCAUUAUGGAUGUCAGAAAGACAAUCUGUCCUCAAGGGGACUUCAAAGUGCUACAGAGUUUGCUGGAUGUGAGUAAUGCAGACUUUAAGGAGAAGAGUCUGAUUCACAUUGAUGACAAUUUGAUGGAGACUAAAAAGGUUCUUGAGGACAUCACAGAACCUCGCAGACUGUGUCUUCAGGAGCUUGGCCUUUGGGGGAACUUUGUCAAAUGGGUCAAAGAAGCUCUUGAAGAUAUCAAUGAGCUGAAAGUGUUUGUCGACCUGGCCUCCAUCUCUGCUGGAGAGAACGACUUGGAUGUGGACCGUGUAGCCUGUUUCCAUGAUGCUGUUCUUGGUUACUCCUCGAUGCUGUAUGGGUUACCACAAAAUGCUGACUUUAAUGCCUUCAAGAAGGCUUUGACAAAACUAUGGAAGGCGCUUGGAAGUGACAGCAACAUACCAAAUAAGCUGCGGGAUACUGCACGCCAUUUGGACUGGUUGAAAACUGUGAAGGACAGCCAUGGGUCUGUGGAACUCUCUUCUCUUUCUCUGGCCACGUCCAUCAACACAAGAGGCAUCUAUGUUAUUGGUGCACAUAACCAGAAGAAGCUGAGUUUAGACACUGCCCUGAAGCUACAGGUUCCAGACCAGCAGGAAGAAGGUCAGAUGCGCAACUACUCCUUAGAAGACCUGCGAGAUCUGCAAAACAAGCUCAUGCUGAUGUCUGGAAAGGGGGAGCAAGGCCAGAGUGAGGUGAAUCACUUUACUGAGGUUUUUGACAGUGUCCAGAGGCUAGCUGUAGCAUUUGUAGAUCUUUAUGCUGCUGGGAACCCACUUUUUAGGGUUUGGGAGGCCAAGAUUUACUGCAAUAUGGAAAGUGACACUGGUGUCAUAAUGGACUUCAACCUUGGCAACAUCCUAAGAAAGAUCAUGGUGGAGGGCAAUACAGUCAAACAGCUUACAGACCUGUGCAGGAAGAUAGAGAUGUGUUUGGAUGACUGGAAUAGAUUCAUGGACAAACAGAGAUCUCAGCACUAUUACCUCAACUAUUACACAGCAGAGCAGAUAGUCUACCUUUGUAAUGUUUUGACCGAAAAUAAUCUGAACAAGAAAUUGGAGGAGAACAUCUUGAUGAUGCUGUCUUUCAUCAAACCUGACUGCUCUGUGUCAGAAGUGUGGGAGUCAUGGAUGACUUUUCAGAACCACGCCAUGAAUACAGCGGGGCAAGAGGAAGACACCAGUUGUCAGACUUUUAUUGACCUUCAAAGUGACAUGGAAAACUUAGAUUCCUUUUUUGCAGGUGAGAGAAAAUGUGCCAUUGAUGUUCUACAGAGCGUUGUAGACCAGGCUGUUGGUUUACGAAAACUGGAUCUGGUCUGGGAUGCUUACAUGAAAGACAUGAGGAACAUUAUCCAGUACUCUUUAGACAUCAGAAGCCUAGGCAGUCUGCUAGAGGUGUUGGCCAACAAACAGAGCCAGGAACAAGACGAGGAAGAGGAGCUUUUAGAAUCAAGUGAGAAUACAGUCAGUAGAAAGCUCCCAAAAGGCUUCUUCACUGGUCAACCUAAUCUCAUAAUCUGCCCACAAGAUAAAAUCUUGACCGCAAGCAUCUGCUUAUAUAUGACCAGUGAUGAUGAGCAGCUGCCUACCUACGAUGAAGUCCUCCUGUGUACCCCUGUCACGUCAUAUGAGCAAGUGGAGCUUUUCUUCAGACGAUGUCUCACACCGGGCUACAUGGGUGAGAAGAUCUAUACCUUGCUCUUCCCAGACCAGUUGAGCUAUGAGGUGAGCUAUGCAGUGGAGAAGUUCUUUCAGAAACUGAGUUCAUGUUCCAGGAGCAACUAUAGGCUGGUGAUCAUCUGCAGCACAGAAAGAGAGCACACCUACAUCCCCUCUGCCUUCAGUCACUUCAAACGGGACAUUGUGCCUCAGGAGUCUCCUGGACGGAUACAGAAAUACCUGUCCCGGCACUACACUGUCCCCUCACACCAGGCCAGUGCUGCAUCUGUGUUCAAAGGUAGACACUUUGUUGGGAUUGUGUCUUCCAAGAGGGCUGGAGUUGGAAAAUCGCUGUACAUACAAAGGUUGUAUGAUAAACUGGAGGGAACCAUGAGAAUAGGAACCACAUUCCACAAAUGCAUUCGCUUAAUUGAGCCCAAGGUUGAUGAGCAUAUCAUUCUUCGGUCCUUGUUUGACACACCAGAGAAGAAGGAACACAAAGUCUUUCAUUUUGAUGUCACAUCCUCAGUACAGAAAGGACUGCAUGAAUUUCUGUUCAAACUCUUCUUCCUGCGUUACCUGGCCGAUUCAGAUGGGCUAAUGUGGAAAUGCAGCAGCAAGGACUUGUAUGUCAUCGAGACACUACAAUCCACACAUGAACUGCCCAGAUCUGCCUCAAGAGCUGAUCCGAUGGGACACAUUCCUCUCUUUGAGGUCUUUCCAAAGGUCUUCUGCCGUCCCCCAAAAGAGGUUAUGGGGUUGGAAAUGAGAAAAGGAGAUGACCCAGAGCUGAAAAGUGAAGAUCCACUCAUGGAUGACCAGUGUUUUAGGAGUGAGGCCUUUCAAAGACCAUACCAGUAUUUAACACGGUUCUACAGGGGUGAGAAUCUUGACAGCUUCACCUACCAAAGAUUUGAAGGAACUCAUGCAGAGUGCCUUCAAAUGCUCUUCAUCUACUGUGGCAUAAGUGAUCCGUCCUGGGCAGAGCUGAGGAACUUUGCCUGGUUCCUCAAUCUUCAGUUGCUAGACUGUGAGACAUCGGCCUUCUGUAACUUUCAGUUUGUUGGAGACACUCUUAGGGGAUUCAGAAACUUUGUGGUUGACUUCAUGAUCUUGAUGGCCAAGGACUUUGCCACUCCAUCUCUCUGCAUCACUGACCAGAGCCAUGGGAGGCAGCAGAUGGACCUCAAUGGACUCAACGAAAGGGAUCUAGCCCCGUUCCUCAUCCGAAAGAGAUGGGAAUCAGAACCACAUCCAUAUAUCUUCUUCAAUGAUGACCAUGCAUCCAUGACCUUCAUUGGAUUUCACCUACGGGAGAACAAGAAGAAUGGGGUUGAUGCCAUUAAUCCAUCAACAAAUGUGGUGAUCAAGAGAAACAUUAUGACCAAAGAUCUGUACAAUGCCCUCAGACGUCAAAGAGUUCCAUUUAACAUUGACUUUGACCAACUUUCUCGGGCAGAUAAGAUUGUGCGUCUAUGUCGUGUGCUGGGGAUCAAGUGGCCAACAGACCCUGAUGAAACAUAUGAACUCACCACUGACAACAUACUGAAGAUGAUGGCAAUUCACAUGAGGUUCAGAUGUGGCAUUCCAGUCAUCAUAAUGGGGGAGACUGGCUGUGGGAAGACACGACUCAUCAAGUUCCUGUGUGACUUGAGAAGGAGUGGAGCGCCCACCGAGAACAUGAAACUGGUCAAAGUUCACGGAGGAACUACAUCUGACAUGAUCUACACCAAAGUGCACGAGGCAGAGGCUAUUGCGGUUGCCAAUAAGGAGAAACAUGGUUUUGAUUCUGUUCUUUUCCUUGAUGAAGCUAAUACCACGGAAGCUAUAAGCAGCAUUAAGGAGAUCCUGUGUGACAACACUGUGCAAGGACAACAACUUGGCUCCCACACUGGACUGCAGAUCAUUGCUGCAUGCAACCCUUACAGGAAACACACAGAUGAGAUGAUCAAGAGGCUGGAAAAAGCUGGUUUGGGUUACAGGGUCCGAGCUGAAGAGACUGAAGAAAGACUUGGAUCAAUCCCUCUUCGGCAGCUGGUGUAUAGGGUCCAAGUGCUGCCACCAAGCAUGAUUCCUCUGGUGUGGGACUUUGGACAACUCAAUGACCACACAGAGAAUAUGUACAUCCAGCAGAUUGUGCAGAGAGUUGUGGAAAGAAAUUCAAUCAAACGAGUAUCCAUCAAGAUGAUCACUGAUGUACUGUCGUCAUCGCAGAGAUUUAUGCGACAGAGGAAAGACGAAUGCAGCUUUGUCAGUCUCAGGGAUGUGGAGCGCUGCAUGCAAGUGUUUGUGUGGUUCUACAAGAACCACUCAAUGUUUUCUGAAGAGUUAAGGGCAUUCUUCCAGAAACAACCCCGGGAGGAGAGGAACAGGCGUGACCAGGUACCCCCACCUGCUAAUGAGCCAGUUGAUUGGUCGCUGUUGAUGGCUGUUAGUGUGUGUUAUCAAGCCUGUUUAGAGACAAAAGGUGAGUACCAGAAAGAAAUCUGCAAAUUCUUUCCCCGUGUCCUCCCCUCAAAAAUGAAGCAGGAAAUCUCACUCAUGCAGGAUCUUCUCCUAAGUGGGGUCCCAAUGGGAGAGACAAUAGCAAGAAACAAGGCUUUGAAAGAGAAUGUCUUCAUGAUGGUGAUCUGCAUUGAGCUACGAAUCCCCCUGUUUCUGGUUGGCAAGCCUGGGAGCUCCAAAUCUCUGUCCAAAACUCUGGUUGCGGAUGCCAUGCAGGGCCAAGCUGCACAUUCUGAGCUGUACAAAAGACUGAAACAAAUUCAUCUGGUGUCCUUUCAGUGCAGCCCUCACUCCACGCCAGAGGGAAUCAUCAACACAUUCAAGCAAUGUGCCCGUUUCCAAGAGAGCAAGAAUUUGGAGGAGUACAUCUCUGUUGUUGUGCUAGAUGAGAUCGGAUUAGCAGAAGACUCCCCCAAAAUGCCUCUGAAAACACUGCACCCCUUACUGGAGGAAGGCUGCAUUGAUGACGAGCCACUGCCCCAUAAGAGGGUUGGAUUCAUUGGUAUCUCCAAUUGGGCCUUGGACCCUGCUAAGAUGAACAGAGGCCUCUUUGUGUCCCGUGGUGACCCAGACCAGAAUGAGCUAUUCGAAAGUGCGAAAGGCAUAUGCUCAUCUGACAAGAUGAUUCUGGAGAAGGUUAAGCACCUCUUCAAACACUUUGCCAAAGCAUAUAUGAAGACUUGCAAGAAAGGCAAAGGUUUUUUCGGCUUACGUGAUUACUAUAGUCUGGUCAAGAUGAUGUUUGCCAUCACCAAGAUCUCUAAGCAGAGCCCUGGUGUGAACCAAAUCAUUGAAGCAGUCCUGAGGAACUUCAGUGGAAGGGAUGAUGUGGACGCAGUGCGUAUAUUCACCAAAGAGCUGCUGGGCAAAUCCAUUCAACCUGAUUUGGAUGGGAUCAGCACUAUUGAUCUGGUGAAACAAAACAUAAUUCCAAUUUGCCAAGACGAGGAGUGCCGAUACCUUCUUGUCCUCACCAAAAACUAUGCCGCCCUCCAGAUUCUACAGCAGACAUUCUUCUCAGACCAGAGACAUCCAGAGAUCAUCUUUGGUUCCAGCUUCCCAAAGGAUCAAGAGUACACUCAGAUCUGCAGAAAUAUCAACAGAGUGAAGAUCUGCAUGGAAACUGGCCAGACUGUUGUGCUUCUGAACCUUCAGAAUCUGUACGAAAGUCUCUACGACGCUCUCAACCAAUACUAUGUUUCACUUGGGGGUCAGAAGUAUGUCGAUCUUGGAUUGGGAACCCAUCGUGUGAAGUGCAGAGUUCACAAAAACUUCAGGCUUAUUGUCAUUGAAGAGAAGGAGGUGGUCUACACACAGUUCCCGAUUCCCUUGAUAAACAGACUGGAGAAGCACUACCUGGACAUCAACACUGUCCUCAAGAAUGAAGGGAAGGAGAUUGUCAAACAACUUCAGGAAUGGGUCAAAGUGUUUGUCUCUUUGAAAAAACAGCAAUCCAAGACAAACAGAUAUCUUCCAACGGAUGUCUUCAUUGGCUACCACUCAGACACAUGCUCCUCUGUAGUCCUUCAAGUUACAGAGAAGAUGAAAGAUGAAUCUGACAUUUCUGACCCUCAAAGAAGAGUCCUGGAUGAAGCCAAGUUCAUCAUGCUGAACUGUGCUACUCCAGAUUCUGUCAUUCGUCUGGAUGGGACCAAAUUGUCUGAUGUUGAGAAAGAGAAACUGACACAAAUAUAUUUUGAGGAGCAGAAGCACAGAUCCCUGGCUGACUUCAUUGUAUCUCACACACGGCUGGAGGAAUGGUGCCAUGCCCACUUUACAGAGGUCACAACGUUUUCCCGGCAAUUGACAGCAGGAGAUAUAAAACAGCUCCAGAAUAUCACAGAGCUUUGCGACAUCAAGCUGCUCUCACUGCAACAGUUUGACACAGAGCACUCCUUCCUCAAAGAAAUCAGACAAUUUCUUGACUCUACCUCUGCCGACAAAGUCCUCAUCAUCCAAACUGACUAUGAUGUGGCUUCCCAGAGCAUGAACAUUCUUGCAUCUGCCAAGUAUUCGUCCAUAAAUGAAAUCAACAAACCAACAGCUAAUGGUGGCAAUGGAAGGGUGUUUGUGUACUUCGUUACCAAACUGCCUCGAAUUGAAGGUGGAACCUCCUAUGUUGGAUUUCAUGGAGGACCCUGGAAAUCAGUUCACAUUGAUGACCUUAGAAGAUCCAAAGAGUUUGUAUCAGAUGUCCAGUCCUUGAGAAACCUACCCAUCAGCCAGCUGUUUGAGGACAUGAAAGAGCCCUGUUAUGCAAUGCAAAGCGAUACAGACACAGACUUCGAACCACCUGCACCAGAGCACUCUGCUGUGUUUGAAGUCACAGAUCUAGUGCGAAGCUGUGUGCAGAGUGCAGUAAGCAUGCUCAGAGACCAGGAGGACAGUGGAGCUCUCAUUACCAGGAGGGUGGAGAUCCUGCUAACACUUAUGGAAGAUAGUGAGGACCUGAAAGCUGUGUUCCUGAAAACCCUGAGGAGCCGCCUUCACUCUCUUCUGGAGAACCACGAGAGAAACAUCCCCUCCCCCAAGUACUGGGUGUUAACAGAGGCAUCCAACAUCAAUGCUCUUCAAGAGGGGGGAACUUUCACACAAACUCUGUGGAAGAAAAUCCAAGCAGUGGUCACACCCGUUUUGGCGCAGUUGGUCUCAGUUAUCGACAGGGACUGUAAUCUGGACCUCCUCCUAGACGUCAACUGUGGGGAAGAAGUCAAGAAACUGUGGCUGGAGAUAUUCGGCAGCAACGAGAUGCUUGAUAUUCCUUUUGUCAAAGUGGAUUCCAAUUCUGAGUCUAAGACCAUUCUGGUACAGAGCCAUAUCACAGCUGAGAGGACCAUGCACUCCAGUAUGCCCUUCAGCUGGAGGAUCAGAGAUAUCCUGGAUGAACUAAUGAUGCUACCUCAGCAGUACGAAAGACACAGUCCUAGGCAGUUUGAGGAAUUCUUUCCGAAAAUCCCCCUUGGUCAGUAUAUGGCUACAAUGGAUGAAAAAAUGCAGAGGGAAUUUUUUCAAAGGUACCUGCAGGAUUUCAUUGCCAUGACGAUGACAGUGGCUUCAGCGGGGGAGUUAAAGCUUCUAUGUGACGCCCUGAACAGCUGUGUGAAUGAGCUCCGGAGGCGACGAAAAGCUCCAAGUGAAGAGAUUCCAUCCAUACCCCUGAUCCACUCGGCCUACCACAUGUACCGCACCCGCCUUCAGAACCUGUCCAGGAUGAUGUCCCUGCAGCCACAGGUGGCCCUUCACUUGCAGCGCAACCCACAAGUGAAGGAUAGCCCAGUGAUGGUUCUGGACGUGUACGCAGCAGUUGCCUGUGUUGAGCAGCUGGAGCCUCCUGCGUUGGACUCUAAUACCCAGUGCCAAGACUGGCUGAAGCAGGUGAAAAGACUGCAGGGGUCUAUAGAGCUGGUCUGCUCCCAGGGAAGCCUGAGGCAGUAUGGAGAGAGGAGCCAGGAAAUGUUUAACUACAUCCGUAAUCAUUGGAACCACAUCUGCAUCCUCUCUCUGUUUGUGGAACACAUGCUGCUAGGCUUUGAGUUUGAGGAGAGGGAGCUCAAGCCUCUGGUCCUUGAUCACACUCGUACCUUAGGCAAAAUUCUGUCAAAACAUUCAGACGUCAAAUCUGAGGAACCCUUUGCAGCCGUCAUUAAAAUACUGAAGUCAUGCAAGAAAGGAGCAAGUGAUCUUAUUUGCAAGUUUGGUCUCCAGUGCCCUAUGUGUAUGGGGGAACCAGAGGACCCCGUGGACCUGCCCUGUCACCAUAUUUUCUGUCUUACCUGUGUCAGAGGAUGUGUCAACGUGGGCCAGAUGUACUGCCCCAUGUGCAAACAGGAAAUCCCAGAUGACUUUGAGGUGAAAGUGUCUGAAGACGUACGAGCUUCCAUCACCCUAAAUGGCCAGUUCAGACGGAGUUGCAGUGCGUUUUUCAUAAACCUCGUCACUACUGUGUGCUUCAAGGACAACAUCCCCCCAUCAAAGGGUGUCAUCCUGCAGCUGUUGUCCUUCCUCAUGGUCGAGACAGACCCGAUUCCACUUAUCAGAGCACAAAGUCAGAUACACACCAAAGAUUUCUCACCAUUCGAUGAGUCUCUGGACAAAAAUCCUGUGGUGAGAUCAGUGAUACUCAAACUCCUGCUCAAGUACAGCUUUGAUGAAGUCAAGGAAUAUCUGCAGCAGCAUUUGACAUCGAUAGAAGAGAGCAACAUUGUUGAUGCAGAAGAUAAAAAUGAACUGUAUGCGCUGUACAUUAACUGCCUUGAGGACUCAUUGUUGGAAAGAAUGCCACAAGAAUGCACCUGCCUUCAGGAAGAGACUGAGUUCUUGCAUCACUUCCUGGACUCUGUCACUGACUCGGCUGAGACGGUCACAAUAGAGUACCUGCAGCAGAUCGCUAGGGUCCGCCUGUGCCUGGGAAAGGCUGCACACCUUCUCCAUAGCAUGCUGUCUGGGACAUGUGCAAGUCCUCAGGAUGUGGUUGAGGAGUUUCUUCGUGCUGUUAUGAACCUGUGUGAGAGGAGUGUGAACGACUGGUACCGGGUCUACCUGAUCCGUAACAUCAGCAGACAGCAGGGUGUAGAGUGUGUCCAGAGGAUGCUGAAGGAAGCCAAGUACAGGUGGCUUUUCCCUGAAGAGAUACAUCAACAGAAUGAAGAUGGUGGGCAGAUGGACCAGUAUCUGGUCUAUGGAGAGCAAUACCUGGCUGUACGGGAGGCUGUUGCCAAAGCAGUAUUAGAGGGCACUGUGGAGGACAUAGAGAAGAAGUGUGAGAGAUGUACUGCACCUCCAAAGAGGCGGACCUUGUAUAUCCUGCUGGCUCUUUUCAGAGAAGUCACCAGUCUGUACCGAGCAGCCAACACAGGCCUCCACCCCAGCCCUAGGAAAUGCCAAGAACUUGAGUACUUCAUCCAGGGUUCAAGGUACCUAGAUCCCAAGCCGGUGAGGGACUUUGCCAUGGCAUUGGUGCACAACAGGAUGGGAGGACUGAGUGUCCAUAAUGGCCGUACCGGUGCAGAGCACGUCCUCAUAGAGCUGUCUGUCCACCUGGCCGCUGUGCUGCUCACUGGGACAGACGGGGUGCUAACACCUCUUCAGCAGCUUGGCCUGACUCCUAACAACAUGCUGAGAGCCUUCAUACCCACGAUGCCUGAAGACAUGCUGGCUAUGGCCCAAAGGGUUUUAACACAGACUGGAGACCUUGAAGCACUCACCUGGUAUACCUGUCCUGAAGGACACCCUUGUGCUGUUGGUGAGUGUGGUCGCCCCACCCAGCUGGCACACUGUCUAGAGUGUGGGGCAGUAGUUGGAGGGAAGAACCAUGCUCCUGUCAGAGGUUUCAGUGCUAUGGGACUGCAGCGGGGAGAUCUGACAAGGACUGGUCACAUCCUAGGAGAUCCUCAGAGGAGGGACAACCCAGACUCCCAGGACACCAAAAACAUGUCCCUCGCCCCCUUCACCCUCGUCAGGCUGCUCACCCAUCUAGCCAUGCUGCUAGGGGCCUCAGAGCACCCACAAUCCAUCCAGCAGAUCAUCCAGCCUCCAGCUGCAGAGCCCUGUGGAUUUCUGAUUCUUCACCUGCUAAAGGAUAUGGAUCAUGUGACCAAAGCCCUGGGGAAGGGAACAGAUGGCAUGGUCACCACCAUCCACCUGAUAAUCAGAUCCAUCCUGGAGUCACCACAGACCAGUCCAUGGAUGGCUGGCUAUGAUUCCCAACUCUCAACUAAAGAGGCCAGAAAUACCUGGGAGACAACCGUUGCUACUGACAUCAUCACUCCUCAGUUGAAGCAUCUUGACCAGCGGCUGAGAGAGGUGAAUGCCACAAUCAGAAAUGACUCGCGUGUCUCCUCUAACUUCAUCAUGAGGGUGACAUUUGGGGAUGAGUGUCCGUUGUCCUCACUACCUCGGCGCUCCCAGGUCCACUGUUCAGGAGUGUGGAGCUUCAGAGAGAGGGUGUCCCUACUCAGCCUCACCCACAUCGUAGAGCAGAACGACGGAAAGGACAAGCUCCCUCUACUAUGGAGGUUCCUACAGAAGGAGGCAGAGUUCCGGCUGGUAAGGUUUCUUCCAGAUAUCCUGGCCCUGCAGAAGAGUCUGGUGAAAAGUUUCCAGAAGUCAUCAGACUUGAUGAAUGACUCCAUUAGAGAGUUCAUCCAGAAACAGUCAGCACCGAUGAGAGUGUGCUAUGAGAAACGAAUCCAGAUCUUCCUGAAUACAUGGAACUUGCUCAGAUUGUCAGUAGCCACCAGUGAAAUAAAGAUCCCAGAAGAGUUCUGGAAGGAGGAUUUGGACCAGGACAGUGACCUCCAAUACCUCCUGCCACGGCGCCAGGGUCCAGGCCUGUGUUCCACCGCUCUGCUCAGUCACCUGGUGGCCCUGCACAAUGAGCUGCUUCACGCUGUGGACCGCCACACUGGGGAAGACACCAGCUACAAGGUGAGUCUGUCAGAGCUGACAGAUCUGCAUGUGAUCCGCUAUGAAGUGGAGAAGGACCUGCUGCCCCUGGUGCUGUCUAACUGCCAGUACAGCCUGGAGCGUGGCAAGGAGACCCUGUCUGAGUACGACCUGCCCAAGAUCCAGCAGCAGGUCCUAACCCGCUUCCUGCAGGGCAAACCCCUCAUCACACUAACUGGAAUCCCGACUCUGGUCACCAGACACGAAAGAGAUUACGAAAGCAUUUUUAAAACAGUGAAAGGAAAAGUGUCUCAGGAGCGUCUGACGUCCCUGACCCUCACAGCCCUGUCCAGGGAUCUGGGGUCGUACAGCGAGGUGUGUGAUGCCCUGAAGGCUGUGGAGCUGGCUCUGGGCUUCCUGUCCAUGACUGGGGGAGAUGCCGACAUGCCCUUGGUGCGUUACCUGGAGGACACGCUCAGGAUGAGCGAGCAGACCGAACCACACUUCUUAAAGGCUCUGGGCAGAUGCAGUCUGAAGCACUGUGUGGCUCUGUGGCAGCUCCUCUCUUCCCUCAAAUCAGAGAACAUGCUGAAGAGUCUGAAGAGGGACCCAUUCUCUGGGGUCUCGGCUGAGUACCAGAAGCACCUGGAGGAGGAGCAGAAGAAGCUGCUCCAAGGUUUCAUCACCGUGGGGAACAUCAACACCUGGCUGCUGGAGAUGCACGAGUUCCUCCUGCUGAACCUGGGGAGCCCUCGUGCCUCGGAUACCUAUGGACCACACUGGAGUGUCAAAGAGACAUUGGCUGCAUACAUGGACCGCAAAGAACUACAAGUCCCGUCUGACGUGGAAGCUUCCUUCCCUGACGAGAUACUCCUCUCACAGAUUGUGGAGACCUGGAAAUUUACUGUGACUUACAAACAGGAAUGGAUGAUGUGAUCGAUUCCACAUGACCGUGAUUUGUAAAGGACGACACUAGAUCACCGGGGAAAUGGUAGAAUAGAACACAAGUGCUUCUGAUUGUAUGAUGUAUAGAUGUUCUUUCUCCAGUGAUAGCACAGUAUGUGCCACACUGUCACACCAUACUUAGAUACUAAGAGCAUUUAUAACUGGUAUGUGGAGAAUCUUGCCUUUCUCCUUACAAAAACUGCCUUGAAUGCAACGUUUUCAUAGAAAACAAAUAUUUUUUGGGUCAGGCUAUGGGCUUGGUUCAAUCCGUAUCGCUGAAGUUCAGGGUAUUAAAGGCAUUGUUGCUGCAUUCUCAUGAGACUGCAUUCACGGUAAACGCUGCAUAUGUCGGCUCAAUUGGAAAUUACCUUUACAUUUUAAGCGCGCUAUAGUGGUGGACUUCGGGUUUACGGAUUGAAUCAAGCCUUAUAUUAACCAAACUGUGUUUACAGAAUGUUUUUUGCCAUAAUUUUUGUUAUUGGUGGUUGGUGUUAUUUUAAAGUUCAGAUCAGUGCAGUAAGCAUCCACUUGAGGGGGCUAUUGGCCCACAUUUUGUAAUUUACAGUCCUGAAGAUCUAAAAUCAAGUUAGUUAAAUACAUGACCAAAUCAUUUUAUCUGCUUGGUUUUAAUUCAUUCUAGUUGAAUAUGACUACGUUAUCUUCUUCCAUUUGUUUUAAAAAAUGUGUCCAAAUCAUGGCAUCUUGAAAUAAAAGGGCUGGUGCUGUCAAGAGUGAUGUUUGUCACGCCUUUGCUGGUCAUGUACUCUUCAUUUACAGGCCUAGAUAAUACCCUCAUUUCACUAACUUGCCAUUGCCAAUAGGUCAUAUUUAAUUUAUUUGAAGGUUUGCUUAGAUGGCUUAUAACCUAUUUAAGCAGACCUUCAAAUUGUUGCGUAAGAUUUUAAUUAAUAAACUUGAAAUAUGAUGACAUGUAA